AUGGAAAAUCCUGACCAGGCUAUAACUAAUAUAAGAGACUUUCUUACCGAGCUUCCUAAACUCGCGAAAUGCGAAUAUAGCGAGACCACUAGUUACUUACUAUGGAAAACUUUAAAUCUACGCCUUAAGAAUAAUGAUAACGAUAUAAACUGGCACUCUCUCGUUUCUAUACUCAAUUCUGAAGCAUGGACAAGCGAAAAGUACAGAGAUAUACUAAAUGGAACAAAGUGGAGAACGUUGGAGUUCGAGGAUGACCAUCGCUCUGUAGGUAACGUACAUAUCGGAACAGCGUGCACGCGUUUAUGCUUCCCCUCAGAGACAAUCUAUUACUGUUUCACAUGCUCCACGAAUCCGUUAUAUGAAAUCUGUGAGCUUUGUUUUGAUAAAGAAAAACACCUAAAUCAUUCGUAUGUUGCUAAAGUGGUAAUGCGCCCAGAGGGCAGAAUAUGCCAUUGUGGUGACCCCUUUGCCUUUAAUGACCCAAGCCGCGCAUUCAAAUGCAAGAACAAAUUGAAUAACAUUCCUAUUUCUAACAACAAUAGUAACGCAACCGAUGAUGAAAACGUAAUUUCCCUAUUGAAUUAUGUUCUGGAUUUUUUAAUUGAUGUAACCGUUUCUUAUAAGGAGGAGGCGGAAGCCCACUCAGGCGAGAGAAAAGAGUCUUCUUUAAUGCAUCCUAAUCAAAACACCACUACUGAUGAUAUAACGGAUAAACAAGAAUGUGAAUCGUUGGUCAAUGACGAAAAUUUUACUUUCUUUGACAACAAUUGGUCUAACACAGAGAAAGAAACUCAUGUGGAGUGGGCUCUCCAAAUCGAAGAAGAAGAAUGUAACGUACAUUACAUGGAUCUAGCAUCUAUAAUAACCAAAAUCUUAAAUACACCAGUUGAAUAUGCAAUAUCUAUAACGAAGGCUUUAGAAGAUUCUCAUGAUGUAGUAACUGUGCUCCAAGGUGAAAAUUUUUUUGAAAUGGAUCGAAUAGCUAAAGAGUUCCAAAAGGAAAACAUAAGAGUUCAUGUAAGGAAAGUGGACGAUAUAUUUAAGAGAAAGCUAACAGAUGAUUUAACAGAUUGGCUGUACUCAUUGUGCUUUAAAUCGACUAAAUCUUUGGAAAAUAAGUAUUCUCUUAGAAUUUCCAUGCUCGACGUUUGGUAUUCACAUUUUUCUAAAAUGAGAGUAUCUCCCUCAAAUACAAAUCCUGAUUUUUCCAAGAUUAACUUAUUAGGUGGGUUCUUAAUAUCUAACGAAGAUAGCGAUGAAUCAUGGUUCAAGCCUUGGUCAUUAGAGAACAUUGAAGACGAAAAAAUUUCAAAAAUACUCACUAAUUACAAUGAAAGGUUGACCAGGGCUCAUUCGCCGAACACAGUGAGCCAUUUUUACAAUUUUUAUGGGUCCAGAUUCCAAUAUAUCAUCAUCAACUCUAUUAACAUCCUCUCAAAAAAAUCUAAAUUCAAAAUGUUAAAAAUCAUAGCGUCGUUAUUCUCCGUAAGGGAUGAAAGCAGAAAGUUCCUUGCCGCUCAAUACAUCGAUGUUUAUCUUUCAGUUCUGUAUGAUGCAGUUGCAUCAGACGCUAAAGAGUGCCAGGUAACUCUUAUGAGUAUAUUAGGGCAAUACACUUUCCAAGACCCUAGCAUAGCAAAUAUGACUAUAAGAUCAGGAUUCAUUGAACGAACUAUUAGGUUCGCUUUUACUCUCAUGGCAUUCAAUCCAGAGGACUUGAUGUCAUAUUUGCCCAUCUCUCUAUACAAUGGCUUUAAAUUGCCUACUGAAACUAUACGAAAUCGAAGAACAAUCAUUUGCUUUAAAGACCUUUGUACGGUAAUGUCAGCGAACACUGUUCCAGAAGAAUUGCUCUCAAAUGACGCAAUAUUCAACGCAAUAAUCGAAUCCUUCUCUGAAUUCAGUAACGUGUUACCAUUGAAAAGGGAAACUAAAGAACACGUAGAGGUCGAAAAUUUUGAUUUUUCUGCAUUUUAUUUCUUUUUCUCAUCAAUACUGAUAAUGACAGAUGGAUACACACGUAGUAUAUCUUUGGUCAAAGACGCAGCCUUCCGUAAGCAAAUUGUCCUUAAACUACUACACGUCGCCCAGACCCGGGAAUUCGAAUCACUAACUAAUUCUAGAAAGGCUAUGUCAUCUGAUAACGCAUCAACCAAUGAAACUGAUGCGAAUAAAGCAACUUUGUCUACAGUUAGAGAGACGAUAUGCAAUUAUGUCGCAGAAACCAUUAAUUUCCAAGUGGGUGUAAGUACACAGUAUUUUUUUAAUCCAAUGUCGUAUCUGUUCAAAUUUGUUAUUCAAUGGAGUCAAUGUGGUAGAUAUGAGCCAAUUCCUGCGCCUUUAACAAACUACAUUAAUCUCUUCGAGGUUUUCCAAGAUAAGCAGAAGGCUUUACAUAUAUCAGAAUCUGCUUUGUCAACACUGGUCCUAAUUGGGCAAAUAAAUGUCGGUUUUUGGGUAAGAAAUGGGACCCCAAUUACUCAUCAGGCUCGGAUGUACACAAAAUACAGUAUGAGAGAGUUUACUUAUAUUAGUGACAUUUUCAACGUCCAAUUUAGUAUGGCAAUGUGUAUUCCUGAUGAACUAAUGGUUACUUACCUUUCAAGAUGGGGAUUGAAACAUUGGGCAAAUGGUGUACCAAUGUAUGAUUAUCCUGAUACAGAAACCACUAUAGCUGUUGUCAAUGAAUGCAUUUUGUUGUUGAUUCAACUGCUUACGGAAGUGAGAUCAUUAGUCAUGAAAUCUUCAAAAGAAGGUUUUGAGAGAACGUUUAAAUCAGAAAUUAUCCAUGCCCUUUGUUUUGACACAUGCUCUUACGCGCAAAUCGUUAACUGCAUUCCAGAACAUAUCACUAAGCACCCUUCAUUUGACAUAUAUCUCGAGAAAUAUGCCAAUUACACCUCCCCAGUAAGUUUGACUGACAGUGGCGUUUUCUCAUUGAAAGAAAAAUAUAAAGACGAGAUUGACCCUUACUAUAUAGGGCUCUCCUCCAGUAGAAGGUACGAUGUAGAAAAGAAUAUUAGGCUGAAUAUGGCGAAUUUGAAGAAAAUGAAAUAUGAAGAUACUUUUGUACCAGCAAAAAAGGUUAAAGAUAUGUUGAAAAAUACUUUAUUUUCUGGACUUUAUUCAAUAUCAUCAGUAAACACUUUUGGAUUGUUUUUGAAGAAUACCCUAGAUCACAUUAUAAAGUACGAUUAUGAUAAUUUACUACCAAGAGUUGUUCAUUUAAUUCAUUUAUGUGUAGUUAAUAACUUAAACGAAUUUAUGGCGAUAUUGUGGCACGAAUACGCAAUUGUUGACACAGAAUUCUGCCAUUACCACAGUAUUGGUUCUAUCCUGUAUUAUUGUUUGUUGAAGGAUAAUUUUUCGGAAUCUCAUGGUAAAAUUAGGGAAAUUUUCAGGUAUUUAAUGGAAACAGCGCCUCAUGUAAAUGUAAACAGCUAUUUGAGGGAGCAAACCACGUCAUAUACACCAGGAAUAUUGUGGCCUCCGAAGGAAGAUAAGGGACACAAGGAUAAAGAGUUUGAAAGGAAGAAACACCUUGCCCGAUUGAGAAAGAAAAAAAUAAUGAAGAAGUUGGCUCAGCAACAACUGAAAUUUAUGGAAAACAAUAGUGUAGACACUUCUGAGAUUAGUACGCCCAGAACAACAUCACCUAGUUUAUCUCCUCCUAGAACAGAUGCAGAUAAUAGUAGUAAUACAACCAAUAGUUGUUGCGAUGAUGAUUGCGUAUUUUGCAAGAUGCCAAAGGAUGACGACGUAUUUGUUUACUUUUCAUACCAAGAACGGAACAUAUGUGAUCAUGGAAUUGACUUUACAAACCCUUCAGAUGUUAAUAGGAUAAAUUCGCUGUUCAGCGGUAAGCAAACAAAAGACAGUGCAGUUCAAGAAAAAAUUCAAGAUGAUGAUGGAACGAGAUUGAAACUAACUAGCUGCGAACCAGUUCUAAGAGCGUGCGGGCAUGGAUCACAUACUAAAUGUUUAAGUGGCCAUAUGAAGUCCAUUCGUGGAAUACAAAACCAAACUACAAAAAAUAUUCCAUUAUCGUAUGGUUCAGGAUUGAUAUAUUGUCCCGUAUGCAACUCUUUAAGUAAUUCGUUUCUACCGAAAGUAAAUGAUAUAGAUAAGAGAACUGCAAGUGAGUUUUUCAAGUGUAUUGAAAAGCAAAUGGAAGUGGAAGAAAAUCUUGACCCAAUGAGCCCUAUUUCUAUCAAGGCGGCGAUGAUUAUUGGUGAUCUUCAGGGUAAAAAAGUCACAACUAUCAAGGAUGCAUAUAAAGUUGUUAAUAGUGUUCUGGUUAAUACUAUUUCAAAUACAGAGCUUAGAUUAAGAUCGUACAAGGAAGAGGGAAAAAUAGUGAAUAUGGGAAGGAUUUCUAGUCAAUGCAUUUUGACCUUAAGAUUACUUUGUGAUCUGAAGUCAUUCCUUUAUAAAAAGUUUGUUCAGUCGAAAAAAUUUAGCAACGAAGUUUCUCGUAAAAUAUGGAAUUGGAAUCAGUUUCUAAUAGACGGUAAUAAUAUGGAUCUGCUCUUGUACAUGAGCCAAAGUUUUGAUAGUAUCGAUAAAGGAAAGAUCCUGGAACCACCUACCCUAUGUAUCUAUGAAAUGUUCAAAAGAAGGUUCCACCAACUACUGCUGUUGCUUGCAAGAGAUAUGAUGAGAGUAAAUUUUUACAAGGACUGUCGAAAUAAAAUCAAAAUAUCACCAAGCGGAUCUGAGGAAUCAUCCCCAAGCUUUUGUUACUUGUUUGGCAGUUUCAAAAAGUAUGUUGACCUCUUUAAACCAGAUGAUAUUCAGUUUGAUGUUGCAAGUUUAGAGAAAAUUAAAGGCUUUAUAUGCCUUUUAUUACUGGAGUCAUUGACCAUUUUUUGUAGAAAAACGUUUUUAUUAUUCAGCAUUCAAUAUGAUGACCAUAAUAUCAAUAACUGUCCUAAUCACUAUGGGAUAACUAAGCAGUACGAAAUAGAGCUUAUUUUCCAGUAUUUCAAGUUACCCAAUUUAACCCAUUUUUUAAAGGAUUUCUUCUACAACGAAUUGACUCAAAACAUCGAAAGGUAUAAUGAUGGUAAUGAUAAUUUAAGAAUCCAGCAAGUAAUAUAUGACAUGGUGCAGAACAUAAACACAAGAUCAUAUCCUUCACCAGAACAUAUCCAGCUUAUCAAACUGCCAUUGAACCUUUCCAAAUUUACCCUUGAUAAUGAUGAAAUAUCGAAUAAAUGUGAUAAAUACGAAAUCGGAGUAUGCUUGUUGUGCGGCCAAAAAUGCCAUAUUCAAAAGAGCAUAGCACUACAAGGUUACUUACAGGGGGAAUGCACUGAUCACAUGAGAAAUGAAUGCGAAAUCACCUCCUCCUACGGAGUUUUCUUAAUGACCACCACAAAUGCGAUAUAUCUGUCAUACGGCAAAAGAGGUACGUUUUACGCUGCACCUUAUCUAAGUAAAUACGGAGAGACCAACGAAGAUUACAAAUUCAGCACUCCCGUCUAUUUGAACCGGGCAAGAUACGCGAAUCUGGCGAAUGAGAUUGUUUUUGGCAACAUGAUUCCGCACAUAGUAUUCCGACUAACGGACGGCAAUGCAGAUCUUGGUGGGUGGGAGACUAUGUAG